CGCGUUCCCGGUCCCUCCCACGAGGGGGCGGGCUGAGGUCAAAUCUCCCGCCGGUCCCAGAGCCGCAUGCUGAUUGGCUCCGGGCCGGCGGCGCCGGCUCCCGAUUGGCCCGCGCGCCGGGGAUAAAGAAGCACGGCGCGGGAACCGGCCCGAGCCUGCAGGGCGGCGGCAGCAGCGGCGGCGGGUCAUCGGUUUGUGAUCUCCCUGAAGGCACCAUGAGCUGCAUCAACCUUCCAACCGUGCUGCCCGGCUCCCCCAGCAAGACCCGGGGGCAGAUCCAGGUGAUUCUCGGACCCAUGUUCUCAGGAAAAAGUACUGAGCUGAUGAGACGGGUCCGUCGCUUCCAGGUUGCCCAGUACAAGUGCCUGGUGAUCAAAUAUGCCAAAGACACGCGUUACAGCAGCAACUUCUCCACGCAUGACCGGAACACCAUGGAGGCCCUGCCAGCCUGCGUGCUCCGGGAUGUGGCCCAGGAGGCCCUGGGCGUGGCUGUUAUAGGCAUCGACGAAGGCCAGUUUUUCCCCGACAUCGUGGAGUUCAGCGAGACCAUGGCCAAUGCCGGGAAGACCGUCAUUGUGGCUGCACUGGAUGGGACCUUCCAGAGGAAGCCUUUCGGGACCAUCCUGAACCUGGUGCCCCUGGCCGAGAGUGUGGUGAAGCUGACGGCAGUGUGCAUGGAGUGCUUCCGGGAGGCCGCCUACACCAAGAGGCUGGGCGUGGAGAAAGAGGUCGAGGUGAUAGGAGGAGCAGACAAGUACCACUCCGUGUGCCGCCUCUGCUACUUCAAGAAGGCCUCGGGUCAGCCUGCCGGGCUGGACAGCAAAGAGAAUAAAGAGAACUGCCCGGUGCUGGGAAAGCCUGGGGAGGCCAUGGGAGCCAGGAAGCUAUUUGCUCCUCAUCAGAUCCUGCAGUGCAGCCCGGCCAACUGAGGCACAGGCCCCACCCCCAGGAUGGGAGCUGACUGGCCACCUGCUCCCGGGCCCGCUGCUGCCCCCUGGCGGGCGCCUGCCCCCUGCGCGCUGCCCGGCCUUCUCGGAGGAGGAAGCGGGGGUGGGGGGGUGAAGUUUCACCAGCGCCCCUCCCCCGGCCAAGGGCCACGGGCCGGUGGUCUGCACAUCACACUUCCGGUCCUUGCCUGCCCGCCGGCUUCUCUCAGUUCCCCUCCCGGGCUACUCACAAUCCACCCCAGGUCGGCGGGGGGUCUGGCGACUGCUGACGUGAGUCCCUCCCUCUCCAGGGCUGAGGCCGGAGGCGCAAGCUCCUGUGACAUCGGCGCUCCUGGCUUCUUCCCCCUUUGUGGCUUUUGCUGUUGGGUUUCUGUCCUCACUGGGAAGUCGGAGCACCAGCACCUCUGGCUCAGCACCAAGCCUCCUCUCGUGCAAAGACUUUAGUCCCCCUGCCUGGGACGGCUCCUGCCCCUCUGAGGAUGGCUGCGCUUGUUCUCUCUUACUUCCCUUCAGGCCAAAAGCCCUUCCUGCUCUGGCGAUCAUUUUCUCCAGAAUUACAGCUUCUUCCAUGUGGGUGACACUUAGCCUGUUGGGGCUCAGAUCCCAGGGGGUUGUCUUUUAAAGCAGGGGCUGUGAUUUUUCUGUCGUAGUGUGUGAAAUUAGUAACUAAUAUUAAAAUUUACUGGUUGAUGAAAGCAUAUUUCUCUUUAACUGUCUGGGAUUCCCCGGGUCUCACUGGAGACAGCUCUGACCUGAUUUAGGUGUGGGGAUUUCUUUUCAAAUCAUUUUCUAGUACUACUGAUCUCUUAGCCACAACGCUUUUUCACUGAGAAAUGGUCGUG